CGGCGGACGACUUCGAGCUGCUCGUCAGGAGUCAGCGCAGGGAGAAGCGGGAGCUGCAGGAUGAAGAAAGGGAAGCAGAAUGGUGAAGUGAUUUCCCCACUUGGUGAAUCAUUUUGAGAGGCAAGGUUAUGGCCCAGGAAUUUGUCUUCCAGUCCAUAUCUCUGUGCAGCUUUUUACUGCAUUAUGGACAACACUUAAAUUGAAUAUAAGGUACAAAAACUACCAUCGUGCAGUUAUGAACAAUGAAACCCACAAGCCAAAAUUCAAGCUAUGAAAAAUGCUGUACCUAAGAAUGACAAAAAGAAAAGAAAACAGUUGAUUGAUGAUGUUGCCAGGCUGGAGGCAGAAAUGGAACAGAAGCACAAGGAAGAACUGAAGCAGCUAAAGGAAACUUUACCUGAGCAGAAUAAGGUAGAUUCUGUGGCUGAUAGUAUUGCAAGUUUUCAGCUUGAGGAAAGAGAGCAACAGAUGCAGCAACCUCGAAUAUCAAAAGCACAGAAAAGGCGGGAGAAGAAAGCUGCAUUGGAGAAGGAAAGAGAAGAAAGGAUUGCUGAAGCAGAGAGAGAAAAUUUAACAGGAGCCAGACAUCUUGAAAGUCAAAAGCUUGCUCAGAUAUUGGCAGCAAGGCAGUUGGAGAUUAAACAGAUUCCAUCAGAUGGCCACUGCAUGUACCGAGCUAUUGAAGACCAGCUCAAGAAUCAGCAAAACUCCUGGACUGUUGCAACCCUGAGAAGUCAAACUGCAGAGUAUAUGCAAAGCCAUGUUGAUGAUUUCCUGCCGUUUCUAACAAAUCCCAACACAGGAGACAUGUAUAGCCGAGGGGAGUUUGAAAAGUACUGUGAUGAUAUAGUCAACACAGCUGCCUGGGGUGGUCAGCUGGAACUAAGGGCUCUAUCACACAUUUUGCAAAAACCAAUUGAAGUAGUGCAAAUGGAUUCUCCUCCCAUUAUUGUUGGUGGUGAAUAUUCAAGCAAACCAUUAAUACUAGUGUAUAUGAGACAUGCAUAUGGAUUAGGAGAGCAUUAUAAUUCCGUAAAACUGCUAACGGACACUGCUACAGAAAAUGGUCAUUUAAUGAAAGCACUUUGUGGUCUUGCUGAAAGAGAUGCAAAUGAGGACUUUACCUAUAAAACAAGUAUUAUCACUGAAAAACAGAGUGAACAGAACUUUAAUGAAAUUCACAAUCAGCUCAUCAAACAAGGCAUUUCAGUGCUGUCUGGCUCCAAACCUCCUUUUGCUACAUUGUUGGCAUGUUACCAAUGACCUGUGUUUCCUAUUGGUGUUCAUCUUUGUUACUUGAUGCAAAUAGGGUGAUUUGACUACUGGUAUGCAAAAUGCUCUGGUCAUUACAACCAUAUUCUCUCUUUACAUCUUUUUCUUAAGAGGGCAGAUCAAAUAUGAACUUCGGGUUUGUAAAGUUCUUAACCGGGGUAUAGGCCUUGCGUUAUGUUUGAGAGCGCUCUGCUGAGAUUAGGGCCCAAUUGUUCUAGACCAGGGAUUCUCAAACUGGGGGUCGGAACCCCACAGGGGGUCGUGAGGUUAUUACAUUGGGGGUCGCAA